AUGCCCAAGAGCUGUCCCACAAGAGGCGAUGGCGACGCAGAUCGGAACGGAGAGCGCGUGGGCGCAUGGCUGAAUGAUCGGAAUACGAUUGUUACAGACAGGUUUACUGGUGGUCUCCUAAAGCCAGGAGACUCUCCUUCCAUGAAUGGAGACGGUACCUCGCACACGGCAGGUCUUUCAUUCUGGCAUAAGGUAGACGACUUGUCAACAGUAUCUGGCAAUGAGACGAUCCAAGAUGGUACGGUAUCUGAGAUUGGAUUUCUUGAUGUCGAUGCAAAGUCUUCGACAAUGGGCCAAGAUUCAGAAUCGACAGUCAAGCCAUCUGAUCAGCUACUCGAUCAACCAGAUGCGCUACCUGUAGGGUGGCCUGAUAGACGCAAUGAUCCCACCCGACCGUUCCCUUUCUUCCAUCGCCUUCCGCUUGAAUGCAGGGAGAAAAUCAUUGCAUUUGGCUGCCCUGCAGUCUUCAAUGAUUGCGAAUGCGCAGCGAACGACAGUCCCCGGCCUUUCAUUCGCCCAACUUACUACGCAUCAACUGUCCAAUGCCCACCGCGCAACAAUCAGGUUCGAAAGAACAUUGCGGAAGAUUCGGGCUUGCUCUCAAUUUACAACCACUCAUGGCAAGAGGCAGUGACCGGUGUCUUAUACGGCUUCAACACAUAUGUCUUGAAAGAGCCAAAAGCAGCACGAUGGUGGCUUGAGCAGAUCGGACCGUCCAAUCUUGCCAAAAUCAAACACCUCAAAAUGCACCUUACCGUGGGACUGCUUGACCCUUCAUUCGGUACAUAUAAUGAACUCCUCUGGUGCAAGCUAUUGCAAUGGCUUAAGAAUCGCCAACAGCUGAAGGCGGUCGACAUUUCAUUCUCUGAAUGGCGCAUGUACGCCUGUGGGAAAGACUGGCAAUGGCGAGAACAAGCAAGAUGGAGGGAAGAAAGUGUACUUGCCCUACUGGGAUGGCGCGGCCUGGAAGCAGUGAACAUCAAGCGAGGACAUUGGCAUAGAAACGGUGAUGAGUGGAAGCGAUUCAAUGGUGGCAGGCGUAUUUGGGAUGCCAUCAAGGAUGCUAUGCGACUAGAGCCUGGCGAGAUGUGUGAAAGUGAGAAGAUGCUAAAAGCGGUUAUCAAGGCCGAUUGGAAGAAACAGGGUCUUAAAGGAGAGAGAUAUUCCUUCACCUGA